UGUUACUGGUUUUUGGAACUUGUAAUAUUGCAGUCUUUCUUUCUUCUACAAUUGUGCGUCCCCCUGCGCUAAGAUUGUGGCUAAGUUUGUGGAGCCCCCUGGGGGCGAGGCUUCUAUUUUUAGAAACUGAGAGGACCUAUAAAUUUCGUGGACUCGCCAUUUUAGAGAUCAUUCGGACCGUGACUGACUAAACAGUUGUUUGCGUGCCUGCAAGAAGAGGAGUUUUUCAAAGAGCCUUUCAAACAACACGUUUCUUACUGUUUCCAGUGGAUGUAAGUACAUACUAAUUUGCUGUUUUUGCCUAAAACUGUCAAAUUGCUGCAAGUAAAUGACUACACACUGAUUGUUGUUUAAGACUCUGAAUCUGUCUGAUUACAAUGAAUUGACGUCUGUUUGCUGUGUAAAGUUGCCUUGAUGCAACGUUUUAUUUGUUAGAAAUGCUUUGUGACUCACAUACACUGUCCCCCCGUUUUGUUUUCUAUUUUGUUCUGUUUAGACCAUGUCUGAGAAGAGGGAGGUCAAGUGCCCCAUGUGCAACUGCACAUACUUGAACAUUGCCCGGCACUUCAAGGCGGCUCACAGAUGCGCAAAUUUAAAAGAGAGGUCCAUCUUGGUGAAGUGGGCAACAGGACAUAUCAAUAUUCGUUCCUGCCCAUGUCCUGUGCUGGGCUGUAAGUACAACCCUGGCCACCACCUGGAUAGACACAUUACAAACACACACAGUGAGCUGUCUGACACCCACAAAGAGGAGAUGCUGGCCCGUGCCAGGACGGUCCAGGCAAGGCUCCUGCUGGGGGAGCUGCGCGCGUCAAUGAGCACUCCAGCCAUGGUCUCAGACUUUGACAAGAGGGAGCUGGAAGACCUGUACGCGCCGGCUGGACAGGUGGUGGAGCAGCAGCAGCCUAGUUCCACUCGAGACCCGGUGUGCUGCAGUGCUGCCUGCGCAGAACAUUUGAAAAGCUACAAAUCUGAGCUGGACACCAUGGCAAAGAUCAGGGUGGACCUGGAGUCUAGGUUGGAGCAGCAGCAGCAGACGAUAACCACUUUAAAAAGAUUUGUGGCCAGUCUUAGGAGGCAGCACGCUCCCACUGCUCAAAAGGUUAAGAGAAAGAGGACUGAGGUGGAGGAGGCAUCCACCAGCUGCCAAUUGGAGCCGCAGUCCGGUGGAGAAACACAGGUCACUGAAGAGCAGGAGACCACCACCUCAGCUGCACCAUCCAACCUCCCCACCCCGAAGGAGGUGAUCCAGAUCCCUGGAGCGAAAGAGCAGAUUGUGUUGCCAACUCAUGCGAUAGGAGCAGAGGAGGAAAAAGAGACUGCGGGCCCAGCAUCCUUCUCUUGGUCAGCUGGAACAGGAAAGGGCAACUUGAUGAGGCGCAUAAUCCUGCCAGAAUCUAUGGGUGAGUCAGGGGUCUUCUGCCCCAUGUUCAAACGUACAUAUGUAGCAAUGUCCCACCACCUCAAGCGCUCCCAUAGGGUGACGAACCUGCAGGAGAGGGAAAUCUUGCUCAAGCAGGCCUCUGGAAGAGUAAAUAUUAGGAAUAUACCAUGUCCUGUGUCCGGCUGCACCUACAAUAAGGGCAGGUGUGACAAACACCUGGGUACAGGCCAUCCAGAGCUGACGGACACAAUAAGGACAACCUACAUUAAUGUGGCGAAAGAGAAGACAAAGCGGCUGCUCAUGGAGCUGAGGGCAACGAACCCGGUUCCUCCAAUGGCUUCUGCCCUUGAUCUGGGGAGCGAGGAUGAGGAAGGGGCUGAUGUCGGAUCCCCUCACGCAGCCCCCAGCUUCGACUGUGGCGGCUGCCGCUCUUUAGCAUUGGAGAACGAGGUUCUCAAAAACGAGCUGGCCAAGCUUCGGUCCAGCUACAAGGCUCUCCACAAGCGCCUCAGGCGGGUAUUAAAGGGGAAGGGCUUGGUGAGAAUAUUAUUAUUUUUAUUUUAUUUUAGGUGAAACACACUAUGAAGAUUUAUGACAUGCAGAAUGAGGUUUUCAAGCUUUGAUUUCUGCUAACUAUGAAGGUUUUCUCCUUCCUUUCAGCUAAAGAGAAGAUGACAUUUAACAUUAAAAGAGCUCUGAACAACAUGACAUAAUAUUUUGAAUGCAAAACGAUUAUCUGUGAUUAUGUGUUUCUAGUCUGCCUCAGAUGUUGCUGGGGUAUCAGAGGAGGAGGAGGAGGACGCUGGGCCCUCAUCCUCAGGUUUAACAUUAACAUCCCAGGCAGUGUCCCCAGCUUCAUCUAAGCCUGCAGGGUCUCAGUCUUCCUCCCAGGCGGAAGGAGAGCAUGUUGCACAGUUGGUUGAGAUUUGGUUAAUUUCACCCGCUUUAAACGCUGUGCAUCUAGAGCUUCUCAAGUAAUUAACAACUCAUUGAUCCACCAUAAAUCACGCACUUUUAACCACACUUCAACCAUUUUAACCUUUUAAAAGCCUGCCGUUAUGUUUCUGAGCCGUUUCAUGGAGUUUUUGUUUUGUUUUGUUUUUUAAUUCAAUGGGAUCUACUUUCUGCACAAAGUACGCAUCUAAGUUCGCGGGGCUCAUUGGGGUCGGGGCUUGUAUUUUCAGGAAACAUUUCGUGGAGUCGCCAUUUUAGAGAGCAUUCGAACCGUGACUGACCAAACAGUUGUUUGCGUGUGCCUGCAAGAAGAGCAGAUUUUGAACGAGCUUUUAAAACAACACGUUUGCUAUCGUUUCCAGUGGAUGUAAGUACAUUCUAAUUUGCUGUUUUUCAGUUGUUUUUGCUUAAAAUCGUCGAAGUGCUGCGAGCGAAUGACUACACACUGAUUGUUGUUUAAGACUCUGAAUCUGUCUGAUUACAAUGAAUUGACGUCUGUUUGCUGUGUAAAGUUGCCUUGAUGCAACGUUUUAUUUGUUAGAAAUGCUUUGUGACUCACAUACACUGUCCCCCCGUUUUGUUUUCUAUUUUGUUCUGUUUAGACCAUGUCUGAGAAGAGGGAGGUCAAGUGCCCCAUGUGCAACUGCACAUACUUGAACAUUGCCCGGCACUUCAAGGCGGCUCACAGAUGCGCAAAUUUAAAAGAGAGGUCCAUCUUGGUGAAGUGGGCAACAGGACAUAUCAAUAUUCGUUCCUGCCCAUGUCCUGUGCUGGGCUGUAAGUACAACCCUGGCCACCACCUGGAUAGACACAUUACAAACACACACAGUGAGCUGUCUGACACCCACAAAGAGUAGAUGCUGGCCCGUGCCAGGACGGUCCAGGCAAGGCUCCUGCUGGGGGAGCUGCGCGCGUCAAUGAGCACUCCAGCCAUGGUCUCAGACUUUGACAAGAGGGAGCUGGAAGACCUGUACGCGCCGGCUGGACAGGUGGUGGAGCAGCAGCAGCCUAGUUCCAGUCAGGACCCG